UCUUUUAAAAGUGAUUGUUCCUGUUCUUAGUUAAUAUCUGUUGAUUAUAUUGCGACGUCCGAAAAGGUCUUUUUAACCUUGUCAUAUACAAAAGAGGCGAUGGCUAAAGUUCUCCUAGCAAUCUGGACUUUUAUCCUGCAAGCAGGUUUUUCAAAGACAACGCACAUUAAAAUGAAUGAUCAGAUUAUCAACCUUAUAGAUUUUUCGAGGAAAAAUUUAACAACAAUGCCUGAUGUUCUGCACAAUUCUACAACAGAUCUAUAUCUUGGAGGAAAUUAUUUACACGUAGUUCCCGCAUGGUCUUUCCGGAAAUCAAGAAUAUUAAAAAACAUAGAUCUGUCUGAUAAUAGGAUUAGGUUUAUUGAACAGGGAGCCUUUGAUGGACUAGUUGAACUUUCCAUUCUCAACCUUAGAAGUAACUUGUUAACUUCAAAUUCUCUUUAUAAGAAUAUUUUUCAAGGUUUAAUUUCUCUUCAGGAUCUAGUUAUACAUGAUAAUUAUUUUAUCGAUAAUAAUACAUUUUUUCAAACCGUAAUAUCUCGAGUAAAAUCAUUGGUCAAGUUACACAUUGAUCUGAGUAGACCACACCAAAUAUAUAAAUGUCUUUGUAAUUUAUCAAAGCUACAGGACAUUGAAAUUUUUGAAUUGCAUGGACUGACAUAUUCAGACAAAUUAUUUCAAAACUUAAAGUGUCUUAAAAUAGAAACAUUAUGGAUUGAUUCUGUGCUUUCACUAGCACCAAACACGUUCAUGUCUUUUCCGAAUUUAAAAACGCUAGGGAUAGCGAUACACACCGCUCGUGCUACGUACGACGUAAUAAGCAACAUAUUUCAUUCUUUGAAGAUUUUCAAAGGUAGAAAUAUGACACAAAUAAGCAUUACUGGAAAUCCUCAUAGAAACGGAUUUGUAUUGGGCCAUUCUCACUUUGCAGUACUUGAAAAAAUAUGUCUACAAAAGUUGAAAUUGGUCGGUGAUAGUAUACUUGGUGUAAAGUUCAAUCCUUUUUUGAGAUACGGACGUAAGGAGAAUUGUUUAGAAGAAUUAAAUUUGUCUGAUAAUUUACUGUUCGAUAGCAAAGAUAGCUAUGUAUUUGCUUUUUGUGCGUUUAAGCAUUUAAAAAUAAUCAGAAUUCCACAUAUGGUUGUUAAAGACAAUAGAGUAAAACGAUCCACCAAAAAUGACGUAUCUUUCUCGUUUUGCCUUCCAAAAACAUUAGAACAAUAUGACCUCCAUUGUCACGUAAAAUCAUAUAAUAGGAGGAGAAUUUCAAAUAUAACUAUUAUCAACGGUUCAAAUUUAAAAGUUUUGAAUAUGGCUAAUGUUACAUUCCGGGAUUGUAAUGGUACGGUUAAAGGCGCUACAAAUUUGGAGUAUUUUGAUAUGUCAGGAUUCAACUGCAACGUUUUGGGUGUUAAUCUUCUUUCACAUUUUCCUAAACUGAUCACUCUCAUUGCACAAGAUGCCAAUCUUGGAAUCGGUUUGAAUGCCCUUCAAAAUGCCUCAGAAUUUCUUAAGAUGAACUUAGAUCUACAACACAUUGACUUGAUGAAUAAUAACUUAAAAACUCUACCAGAUGGCCUUUUUUGUCAUCCUUUCAGACAUAAGCUUUCUAUCAUAUUGGACAGAAACAACUUACAAUCCCUUCCGAACUUUCCGUCGAAACAAAAUAAAAUCAAACUUAUCAGUCUGAAGUACAACAGAUUUUCGUGUCUAAGUGAAGACGAUAUGGCUAAACUUAACAUUAUAAAACCUUCAAGUAUAUUUCUUCGUGGAAAUCCGAUUGAAUGCUCAUGUAAUACACUACAUUUUCUUAAAUGGGUGCACCAAUCAGGUCUUAUUAGUGAUGUUGAUGAAAUAGAAUGCGUCCUCCAAACUGGGACUCUUUCAAUUUUGUCUCAAUUCUUGCGAAAUCUAAAAAAAUUUGAAAUCAGUUGCCAAACGAAAUUAUGGGUAACACUGGCAAGUUGCAUUACUUCUGUCACCAUUUUAGCUUUAAUCUUUGGAAUAAUAUACUAUCGCUACCGAUUUGCAUUUGAGUAUUUCUUUCUGAGAAUUAAGAUGAAACUUAGGCAUUACCAGCCUCUUUUGGAAGAUUUUAACCAUGACGCGUUUAUCUCAUACAGUCAUAAAGACAUAUCAUGGAUUAAAACUCUCUACGAUAAUUUACAGUCGAAAGGUUUCAGUCUCUGUUUGUAUCACAAGGACUUCAAAGGUGGAAUGCCUAUUGCCGAGUGCAUCGUUGAAGCCAUCAAUUCAAGCAGAAAGGUCGUAUUUGUUAUCACUGAGGAUUUCCUCGAGAGUAGCUGGGGAACGUAUGAAAUAGAAAUGACAAGAAUGCAUGCUUUCCGUGAGGGUCGUGAAUCAAUGAUCAUUGUUAUACUGAAGGAUGACAUAAAAAAAGACAAACUUCCCAAAGCCUUGAAAGAAAUUUGGUAUAAGGUCGUCUGUAUUGUGUGGCCAUCUGAUCCCGAAGCUCCGUAUAACUCUGAGGAAAUAUUCUACAAGAAACUAUGCACAGCAUUAUCAGAUGGUCGUAUGAGAAUAAAUGAUGAUAACACUUCAAUGUAAAAGGCAAAUAUCAAACUCUUGUAAAGUUAAGACGAAUAUACAAAUAAUAUAUAUUAUAUCAAGUCCGUUACGAAUACAUGUUUACAUAAUUGUAUGCGAUUUAUGUGAUAAACUUUUCAAAAUUAAUUUUAUAUGUAUAACAAAUUGUACUUUUUUUUAGUAUGAAACUAGGAUUAAUGAAAAAAAAUUAGUUGAUGUAAAUUUAUUUUAAAUGUAUUGAACGAUUCAAAUUUUUAAAAAAAAUGUGUAGAACCUUGUUGAUCGUCUGUGAGACAUUUGUCGAGUGAAUCAAAUUUCAAAAUGACAGAAACUCCGAAACAUUUAUUAAAGCAUGGUGCAUAUUUUACAGUAAGGUGAAUAUAUAAUAGCUAUAUUUUGUCUCAAAGCAUAAAUCUAUGUGUACGAUGCUUAUAUUCAUGUAGAAUACAAUACUUUAUCGAGAACUUUCA